GCAGAUUUGAACCAUUGGUUGUUUCAAAUAAAGGAGCCUUGUUUGGAUUAUUAAACAUUUGCGAAAAAUUAUGCUGCGUAGGGAAAAAACUCUACCAUUGCCCAUGCUGUUCUCGAGGGAAUUUUAAGCCCACGGGCCAUAAGAAGGCAGUGCAACAUUUGGAAGGCCAGUUUAGAAAAAGUGUGGAAGUUGAUGGUUCAUUGGUUAUACGCUGCAGUAUCAAUGGCCCUGGUCAUCCAAACUCUAAAACACAUUGGCACUGUCCACGAUGCCUUAUUGCAAUCCACCGCAGGGGGCAUUUUAGGGAUCAUAUACGAAUAAACAAAUGCAAGAAAAAGAAAACAAAAAGAAUACAAUACGAGACAAGUAAUGAUGACAGUUCAACUACAGAAGCCAGUGACGAUGAGAGGCCGUUGCCAACCACUAAAAGUAAUAAAACUAAAACAAUUAAUUU